CGCCUCGACGCGCUCAGCGCCGCUGUUUCAUUCCGCCGCCGCCUCCGAGCAGCUCGGUCCCGCUGCUCCAGCACUGUUAUACUUUUUGUUCCAUAAGAAGUGCCAACGCUUUUGAUAGUAGCCCCGCCCGCUCCGGACGGGUAGAGAGACGUUCAAAGCAGCUGCUGCUCGGGAGACGGCGGACGCGACGCGCGCCGUGCCUUCGACAACUUCGCUCCCACGUUUCUGGGGAGACUCGAACGCCUCGCUUCGCCGAAGUUGCGUCCGCUCGAGAGGGACAGAACAUCCGCCGGCAUCAUGACUCGGAGGUCCUGUGCCAUCUACGCCACCGGGAUCGUGUGCGCUCACCUCCUGAUCGUGGGAAUCGCCCUGGUCGUGGCUCAAGUCUUCCAAACCAUGAUUCACAGCCGGUUAAAGAAGGAAAUCACUUUGACGGAGAAGAGCCAGGUGUUUGAGUCAUGGAAGAACCCCCCUCCCCCCGUUUACAUGGAGUAUUACUUCUUCAACGUGACCAACCCAGAGGAGUUCCAGGCAGGAGGCAAGGCCUCUGUGAAGCAGAUUGGACCCUACACAUACAGGGAGUACAGGCCAAGGGAAAACGUUACCUUCCUGGAAAAUGGCACCAAAGUCUACGCCCUCAACCCCAAAUCCUUCGUCUUCGUGCCUGAGAAGUCGGUGGGUGACCCCGAGGUCGACCUCAUCAGGACCGUCAACAUCCCAUUCGUGGUGGUGAUGAACGAGCUCAACUCCUACUCCUUCUUCCUGCGCUCCUUUGUGUCCAUGUACAUGAGAAGCCUGGGCGUCGAGCUGUUCAUAACCCGCACGGUGCACGAGUUCCUGUGGGGCUUCAAAGACCCCAUUCUCACGAAGAUCCACUCCAUGAAGCCGGACGUCGACGAAUACUUUGGGCUGAUGUGGAAGAAAAAUGGCACCCAUGAAGGAGAGUUUGUGUUCCACACCGGGGAGGAGAACUACUUGGAUUAUGGCAAGAUUGACACGUGGAACGGCCUGAGGCAGAUGUCGUGGUGGUCCUCCAAUCAGAGCAACAUGAUCAACGGGACGGACGGCGCGGUCUUCCACCCCCUGAUCAACCGAAACGAGCUGCUCUACAUCUUCGCUGCUGAUCUGUGCAGGUCUAUUCAUCUAGCUUACGUGGACGACGUGGAGGUGAAGGGCAUCCAGGCGUACCGCUUCGCCCCACCGAGCGACGUCCUCAUGAGCCCCACAGACAACCCCACCAACGCCGGCUUCUGCGUGCCGGCCGGAGACUGCCUGGGCACCGGGGUGCUCAAAGUCAGCGUCUGCAGACAAGGUGCUCCCAUCGUGGUUUCCUUCCCCCACUUUUACCAGGCCGACCCCAUGUACAUCAAUGCCAUCGAUGGGCUCAGUCCCAACAAGGAGGAGCACGAGACGUACCUCGACCUGCAACCGACCACAGGGGUUCCCAUUCGAGCCUGCAAGCGAGCGCAGCUCAAUAUCAUUCUGAAGAGAGUCCAAGGCUUCCCCGCAACAAAGUUCCUCAACCACACCAUCUUCCCCAUCAUGUUCGUCAAUGAGACGGCGACUAUUGACGAUGAAUCUGCAACCAAGAUGAGGACGCUGCUCCUCAUUUUGACGCUUGUGUCAAACUUCCCUGUGCUCAUUGUGGGCAUGGGCAUCAUCCUUCUGCUGGUGCUCCUCUUUUUGCUCUGCCGAAAUCGCCAGAAGAAGAAUGAAGUAAAACGUAUUGAUUUUACUGAAGCUUUUCAUUCUUUUACUACGGCGAAAGACGACACGGCCUACACUCAGGUCAGCGGCAAACCCGACGAGCCGUCGGAAACCACAGCCAACCAGCCGUCGAAGAACGGCUCCUACAUCGCCAUGUCUCCUGUGGAGGCCCAGAAGUGUUGAUCCGGAGUCGGGCUCCCCAGGCCCGGGACGGGGGCUGAGGGGAGCAGCACGGGGUGUUUCAUGACCGCGGGUGGGGGUAUACACACACUGUGGGCUCCCUUUCACUUAUUUCUGGGGGUGGGGGAGGAUGGGGGGGAGGGGGUUGGGACACAAUCCCCAGAAAAAGUAUAGUCAACAAAGACAUUGCUCCUCUCACUGAGCCUCUUAUGACUCUGUCCUCCUCUGCACUACCUGCUGAGCAUGGCCCUCACUGCCUGCUGUCCUGCAACACAACAACUCCCACACUUUGUAAUUUUUCCUCAUUUCCAUCCCAGUCGACCCAAAACACGAAGGGAGUCCGUCUGGGCUUUGCCAGGACGAGCCUUUAUCUGCAGUUCUUCUGAGGGAACAAACGCAAUCGUCUGAUCAGACGCUAGGCUAACGUGGUUAGCAUCAGCCGAGCAGCGGGGAAAGUCGUUACAUUUCAAACAGUUUAAGGAAAUAUAAUGCCCUGUAUUGUUAGUGUGAAGCUCGGAAUGCUUUAGUUUUGCUAACAAUUGAAGCUAUCAAAUCCUUUUAUACAAAGAAAAUGGACUGAGCCAAACUAUUUAUAGGGUUCUCCCUUGUUUCCUAAGAUAAAUUAGUGCAGCCACACGUCGGCCUCUAAAAGCGUUUGUGUCCUGUUUUAUUGGACAAUAGGCGACUUUUUUUUUUAUUUUGAAAUACUCGUGAUUUUCAUCCACUCCUCACUUCCGCCAACGCCACCUGUUCCUCACAUUCACAACACUAGAAGUAUUCCGAGGCCUCGGCUUCAGGUGAUGAACAGCUAGCUGUAGAAUUGUCGAGACCUUCACCAGUAGCUUAAUGAAAUCGCACAUUCAAGCUUCAUCAGUCGUAAUGAACAGGAGACCCCAUCCACAGAACUUCCAGUGGAGACUUGAACCUGCUUUCUGCCUUACGACCGUUCAUUACUCACCCAUUGUUCAAAUAAGCUGGGAAUCUUUCGCCGUUGUACAUAACAAAGGGGGAAACGUUGCGAUACCUCUGAUCGAAUCCAGCAGGCAGUCGCCCACGUGUGCUGAAGGACACUAACUUGGCCGGGUGUCGGCCGCUCCUCUGUCUACACUGUCGCAUAUUAGAGAAAGCACAACUGGGGCCGCUCAGAGCGGCCUCCGCAGGCUGCCGGCUUCACUCCCAGCCUCUUCUGUACAUAUUUACAGCUGACAAAGUGCCGUGAUGAAUCUAGUGGCGUCGCUGCCGCUGGGAGAGUUGUUCAGUGAUGUCCAGGCAAACGCAGCACGCAACACUUGAAUCACGUUGUCUUAAACGUCACGCCCGAAACGCUCGUCUCCCACGGACCCGCUGGUUUGCACCAGGGGAGCGUGGAUUCAAGGCCAUAAUACUGUCGACGUAGAGAGUUGUCUGCACUUUGCCUGGAACUUGUGCCCUGUGUAUUUACUUGUUUAUGUUGGUCCUUUCACUUUCAUUCUAGUCAUUUCAAAACAGGUGGUCCAUUAUAUUCCGUACAUUUCAACGGUUCGUCCUAGUAUUGGCUGUAAAGGAUGUUGCAGUGAAUUCGCCCACGUAAACAUCGCUGCCUCUGUUAUUUGCUUGUCGGCACAUGGAGUGUCUUUUUUGAUUUACUUUUGUAUUUGUUAUUGCUGCUAAAACACACCUGUGGACUUGUAUUUACCAUGAUGUGCUGGGUUUGUGUGAUCCGCGGAGGCUUAAGCCUUGAAGGCGUUUUGUUGCCAAACCUUUGACACCUGAGCAUAUGAUACAAAGCCCAAAGCUCACCGUAAUUUAUUGGAGUCAGCAGUUACACCUGUCUGUUCGCCAGCUGUGACGUCCUCACAGCUGACUGUUCAUUCCUCUAUAAGCACAUGAUGCGACCAUAUCCUAUGUAUGGGUCUUUUAUUAUGGACUGGGUAAAACUUAGUUAUCUGGUGGCGCCCUGAAAGACGAGCCGAGUGCCAGGAGUCUGCUAGAGAUUGGUCACAUUGAGGUGGAAGGUCUUUCAGAGCAAAUGUCUGACACGCAAAUGUGUUGAUUUAAUUCCUGGUCAUUUUGUUUGUGCUGCUCAGUUUGGUUAGGUCAUCAAUGACUGGAAGAAGAGUACUUCACCUCUGAACCUUCUGGUUUCAAUCAAGACAGAUAAACCUUGAGCAUUAGGUCACAGUUCCCACUUAACGAUUGGUCAAGAAAUAUUUCAGCACAUAAUCAUCCAUUUAAACUAUCUUUGAAGCCACUUAAUCUGCUGCUUCAUUGACAUUGGGAGUGUCUCACCAAAGCACAUUUUCCCAAAUGUUGCAUGAUUCUUCCUCAUAUUUUUUUUAACGUACCAAUCUACAGUCUUGUUCAGACCUGAGUCCUUGCUCUGUGGCCUUCUCUGCUGCUCCUGUCCCAUUUCUACCACACCAACCUUUGAGUCCAGGCCUUCCAACCCGCUGGCUCGUCUCUCCCUGACCAAAGAUAACCCACAGACCGGCCCCAGUGCUAUGUUUACUCUCCUCUGUGAUAAGUUCUGCCACAAAUUGCCUUUUUUUUUUUUUUUCUUAAAACUUGUGCCACCACACACCAACUAUGUGAACUGACUUGCAACAGUGUUGCGUGAGUGUGAACAUGUGUGUAUGUGCCUUUUUUUUUUUUUGAACAAGGCAAAAAGUAAGAAAAAAAAACACUUGGUAAUUUGGUAGAUGAUUCAACAAGUGCAAGAGCAAACAAAAGUAAUCAAUGCUCUUUGUGAGCAGGAAGAAAUCUCAGUAUUAUGUAAGACAAAGCAAUACAAAGUUAUAGUUAUAAAUAGUUGUUUUGUAAGGGGCCACACUAUUUAUGUAUCCUUAUUUUCCUGAUUACUCUUUUUCUUAGUUUCACUUGUGUAGGAGUAUUUUCCUUUUUAUGUAGCAUGAUUUAGGUUUUUGUUUUUUGUAAUAUUCAUCUUGAGUACAUUUCAUUGUGAAACAAAGACCAGUAUGCUACACUGGGACCAGUUGGAGCUCUGAGUGUUCAUGAGUGGUGUAAACGUGUUUGUGGAGCCAAAUGCACCAUUUUGUCAAACUGGAGCGAUUUGCUGGAAGGCUGAUUAUCUUGAUGACUAAUGUACUGAUGCUGUGUGACCUGUCUAGAUGAAUGACGCCCUCCUUCAGGGAUGAGCACUAGUGCCAUACUCUCCUUUAAGUUUCAUUAAUUUGCUUUUUGGUGUAAAGCCAAAUUGCAUCUGCCCUUUCUGAUGUUCUGACAUCACUAACAGACAUUUCCUUUGAAGAUAAACUAAUUUGUUUUGCUGCUGAAAAUGACAAUCUCCUUGUCAUGUGAGGUGCAAAAUGAUUUCAAAUAUUCAUUUUUAGUUUUGAUAAUUUACACUGCACAGAUGUUUCUACAGUGCUUUUGUAAACAUUUCUAGUGUAUUUGCAAAAAAAUAAAAGUUGCAAUAAUGUGCAAAGUUU